AUGCAAACCUGGCGCUCUAUGGCUUUACAGAAAUCAUGGCUGUCCCGUUUGAAGUCCCAAACGCGCCCUGGAGUGUCCACAUCCAUUGCUGCAGCGGUAACGGCCACCUGGGCUGCUGCGUUUGUGGCACCUGUGAUUCCUGUGCCACAACGACCCAGACCGUUACGGGCUAGACUCGAAGCUGCCGAAACUGGAGAAGUUGCCGAGCCUCUGGGCUGGACUUGCGUCAGCGGAUGCGGUGCAUGCUGCAUGCUGGGUACGGAGGAGCGACCCUUUCUCAAGGAUUUACUAACUGAAGAGCAGUUGGAGAUCUUUCGAAGUCUUCCCAAGGAGGAUGGCUGGUGCCGGCACUUUGAUCAUGAAACGCGAAGCUGUAACAUCUACGAUGAGCGUCCCGAGUUCUGUCGUGUCAAGACGUUCCUUUGUUCGAAAGCGCCCUUCUUUGGAGUGGAUCCAAGCGAUGGCCUCUCAAUGGGUGGCUUUUGUGCUGACAGCUGCCGACAGAAUAUCGCCGACGUCUAUGGCCAGGAUUCGGAGGAGAUGUUUCGCUUUGACGCGGAGGUCGAAGUGUUCUUGGACAUUGACGAGGAAACUGAUGACGAGGAAUUGCGAGGAUCCCUGUGGAUUGAGGAAAGCGAUGGCCAAAAAAAACCGUAG